UCUUGGCUUCUUUCAUUUGUGACUUUAUUUACAUAUUUGAAGAAACCUUUUUGGAUCUUCAAUUUAGUACUGCUUAAUUAUGGCUCCAAACUCAUUCUUCAAUCAUGAAUUUAGCUUUCAUAGCUCUUGUUUCAGAUACACAUGCAUGUUUGGUUCAAACUCUCAGUUUUAAGAAGGAAGCAAUGAAGAAGGGUUUUCAUUCAACUUAAUUAAAAAUGAUCAGUUAUAGUUUUUUACAAAGUAGCAUACAAAAUCAUAUAGAGACUGCUCACUUUUCCUUCUUUCUCCCUCAUUUUUCCUUCUUAUCUCUUUGGGGUUGUACUGAACCCUCUCCAUGCAGACUCAUGGCAUGGCUAUUUUGGCUUUUUGUUCAAGCAACAUCAUGGAUAUGGGGCAUACAUGUUCCUGUUUUUCUGCUGUGUGUGGACGAAUAAAAGAGCUGCAGACAGUACAGAAUGAUGCAGGGCAGUGGACAACUAGCAGUUCCUCCAGGGUUCAGGUUCCACCCUACAGAUGAGGAGCUUCUGUACUAUUACCUGAGGAAGAAGGUUUCUUAUGAAGCUAUUGAUCUUGAUGUCAUAAGAGAAGUAGAUCUCAACAAACUUGAGCCUUGGGACCUCAAAGAUAAGUGUAGGAUUGGGUCAGGGCCUCAGAAUGAGUGGUAUUUCUUUAGCCACAAGGACAAGAAAUACCCAACAGGAACAAGAACAAAUCGAGCAACCACAGCUGGUUUUUGGAAAGCAACUGGAAGGGACAAAGCCAUAUACCACAGCAAUUCCAAGAGGAUUGGCAUGAGGAAAACCCUUGUCUUCUACACCGGCCGCGCACCUCAUGGCCAGAAGACUGACUGGAUCAUGCAUGAGUACCGCCUUGAUGACGAUGAUGCUGAGGUUCAGGAAGAUGGGUGGGUGGUUUGCAGGGUGUUCAAAAAGAAAAACACAACUAGAGGUUUCCAGCAGCAAGAAAUUGAAGAAGAAGAGCACUUUAGCCACAUGAUGAGACCAACAAAUAAUGGUCCUUGCCACCAGAUUCUAGAGUCAAAACACCAUCAUCACAAUAUGCAAGGACUAUAUGAUAGCAGCAGCUUUGAUGGGACAAUUCACUUACCACAGCUAUUCAGUCCAGAAUCAGCAGCUGUAGCACCCACUAAUUGCAUGAACACCAUGGACAUCCUUGAGUGCUCCCAAAACUUGUUGAGGCUCACAACAACAACAACUGGCUGUGGACUCAAUCUCAUGCAGCAACAGCAAGGAGAUCAGAGGUUCACUGGUGAUUGGUCUUUCUUGGACAAGCUACUAGCAUCACACCAUCCUACUCAGCCUCACCAUGCUGUGGGAAGUACUUCAGCUCAGAAAUUUCCAUUCCAUUAUCUUGGCAAUGAGGCCCAUGAUAUUAUGAAAUUUUCCAAGUGAGGUGAUGAAAACCUUAUAACAUGUGUGUUAUACAAAAGAGAGGAGAGAAAUUUGGUUUUUAAUUAGUAUAAGUAUUCUGCUAUAUACACUCCUUGAAAUUCCACUCAUUAAUUUAGUUAUUUCUUUUGAAUAUCAA